AUGGCUACGUUUCACGAGAAUUAUGUCAAUAACCCACUUGUAAAGGCUCUUAUGACUGGUACUCUUCUAGAGCUUAAAGAGGUGCUAAGUAGUAAAUAUGAACAAUAUAAGAAUCAAGAAAAGGUUGAAUCUUCAGAUUCCUCAUUAAAUAAUCAAGAUUCUAACCAAUCCGAUUCAAAAGAUGUAAAUGUUGAUGUAAAAGAUCCAAAAGAUGUAAAUGUUGAUGUAAAAGAUCCAAAAGAUGAUUCAAAAGAUCCAAAUGUUGUAAUAAAAGUGGUAGAGAAUACAAUAGAAGAGUUAGUGGAUGCCAAUACAAGAAUAACGCCUCUGUGCCAACUAAGCCAUAAGACAAAUGACGAGAGUUUGGAAAUUGCAAAGCUUUUGGUGGAGGAUUAUCUGCUUUGUAACCCGAACCAUGUGGAUUUAAUCGGUCAAACAUGUUUAUUUUACUCAGCCAGAGACGGAAGAGGUGAACUUUGUUCAUAUUUCUGCAAAAAAGGCUGUGAUCCAAACCAUAAAGAUAGACUAGGUCAGACCUGCAUCUUCUAUGCGGCCAGAGAUGGCCACUCAGAGGUCAUCAAAGUGCUAGUGGAACACGGAGCAGAUGUCAACGUGACUGACACUAAUAGCCAAACGUGUUUGUUUUACGCUGCAAGGGACGGUAGAGUAGAUGCUGUUAAGGUUUUGCUUGAAAAAAAUAUUAACCACGGCUGGAAGGACUUGCAGAGGAGAACAGCACUUUCAUUCGCCAAAUCGAAAGGACAUAAUGAAAUUGUUAACCUUUUAAAGAAAUCAACGCCUGAGAAACAAACUUCUACACCUCAAAAACGUACAUUGGACUCUGAACCAUCGGGUACAUUUGAAGGUGACCCUUUUAGUGGAGUACCUAUGGUAAGUGGAGACGUCUUUAGUAACAAGCCUAAGCGGUACAGGUUACAGUUCAGGCCAUUUGCAGAAGAUGAUAAACUAUGGCUUGAUGCGCCUUUGAUAAAGGUUCAGGAGUUUGAGUUAAGGUUUCCAGACCUAGCGAAGUGGGAUAGAGAGGCUGCUUUCCCGCCUAGUAACACUCUUAGAAAUCCGUUACUAAAGCAAUGGUAUUCGUUGGCAAAUAAUUUACUAAGCACACUUUUGAAACAGGAAGGAGGUUACGUGUUUGAGAAGCCUGUUGACCCAAAGAAGCAAAACUGCCCAGACUACUAUGACAUUAUUAAGAAGCCAAUGUCCUUUAGCUGCGUUCGGGGGAAAUUGAGGAAAAACACCUACACUGACCCUCAGCAGUUUGUAGACGACGUUUUACUCAUCUUUGACAACUGCUCAAAGUAUAACAAGCCUGAGACUUGGGUGGCAACAAUUGGCAACAACCUUCGGGAUUUCUUCCAAAAUCAGCUUUUGGCGCUGGGAUUUAACGAGUUUUGUAAGAAGGAGCAGCUUGUAAAGCAACUACUAGAACAGUCUUCCCAAUACUUGAGCACUCAAACUAACACUGUUAACACCACCACUACCGAUAAUAGUGUUAACGCUACUAACGGCGUUGAAAACACGAAUGGAGUUGAUGGGAAAUUGAACGAGCAUUUAUCAAAUGUUAACUCAUCUGAGCCUUUAAAGACAAGUGAACCACAAAACACUGUAGAUGUUAAGUCUGAGACUGUAAAUGAAAUUGAAUUUUAA